UGAUUGAUCAUCAGGGAUGGAGAAGAAGGUUGUUAAUGGACAAAAGGAGCAACAUCCUCAGCAACCAAUCCCUUUACUGACUCCAUACAAAUUGGGACCUUUCCAGCUCUCCCAUAGAAUUGUCAUGGCACCUAUGACAAGGCAAAGAUCUUACAACGAUAUUCCACAGCCACAUGCUCUUUUGUACUAUUCUCAGAGAGCCACCAAAGGGGGUUUGAUCAUAUCAGAAGCCACAGGCAGUUCUGAGACAUGGAGAGGCUAUGUACACACGCCUGGUAUAUGGACAAAGGAACAAGUUGAGGCCUGGAAGCCUAUAGUAGAUGCAGUUCAUGCCAAAGGUGGUAUAUUUUUCUGCCAGAUUUGUCAUACUGGGAGGGUGUCAAAUUAUGGUUUUCAGCCAAAUGGGCAGGCUCCAAUUUCAUCUACUGACAAGAAAUUAGCUGCUCAAGUUCGAAAUGGCGUUGUUGUUGCAGAAUUUUCACCUCCAAGACCCUUAAGGACAGAAGAAAUUCCUGAUAUUGUCAAUGAGUUUAAGCUUGCUGCCCUUAAUGCUAUUGAAGCUGGUUUUGAUGGGGUUGAAAUCCAUGGAGCUCAUGGUUACUUGAUAGACCAGUUCUUGAAAGAUUCAGUCAAUGACAGAACAGACGAAUAUGGAGGUUCUCUGGAGAACCGUUGCAGAUUUGCUCUGGAAAUAAUUGAAGCUGUGUCCAAUGCAAUUGGACCACAAAGACUUGGAAUAAGGCUUUCCCCCUUUGCUAAUUAUCUAGGAUCAGCAGAUUCAAAUCCAGAAGCUCUAGGCCUUUAUAUGGCUGAAGCCUUGAACAAGUAUGGAAUUCUGUACUGCCAUGUGGUUGAGCCAAGGAUGAAACUUAUUGGAGAGAAAUUUGAAUGUUCCGAUAGUCUUCUGCCAAUGAGAAAGGCCUUCAAAGGUAAUUUUAUUUCUGCUGGUGGUUAUGACAGGGAAGACGGCAACAAUGCUGUGGCUGAAAAUCGUACUGAUCUUGUUGUAUAUGGGCGUCUGUUCCUGGCUAAUCCUGAUUUGCCUAAGAGAUUUGAGUUGAAUGCUCCUCUCAAUCAGUAUAAAAGAGAGACUUUCUACACAUCUGAUCCUGUGGUUGGCUACACUGAUUAUCCAUUUCUUGAAAGCAAUGCCUGAUUCUGCCGGGGCGCAUGCUAUGGAAACUGCAGUGCAAUCCAGGGCCACUACUGAAAAGCCCAAGACUCUUUGAUUUUCAUUUGAAUUGCAGAAGUUUCAUUCACGCACUGAAAUAAAUUGGUUGAAUUUUGAGUUUGUAAUCUGUGCUAUGAGAUGUUUCUGUUUGUCAUCUCUCUCUCUCAUCUACAUUGUUUCUGUUUGAAAGCAAUGCCUGAUUCUGCCGGGGCGCAUGCUAUGGAAACUGCAGUGCAAUCCAGGGCCACUACUGAAAAGCCCAAGACUCUUUGAUUUUCAUUUGAAUUGCAGAAGUUUCAUUCACGCACUGAAAUAAAUUGGUUGAAUUUUGAGUUUGUAAUCUGUGCUAU